UGCCGCAUCUGAACAUUGUCCGAUUCAAAUGAAACCUAAGCCUCUUCUACAGCCCAUCAUUUCUAUGAGGUAAACAGCAGUGACUCCAGUAUUCUUUCUGUAUUUUCUUCUUAUUAGUCUCCAGUCUUUUCACCAAGAGGACAAUAGCUUAAUUGAAAGCUACAAAAUGGAAACAUAUUUGCCGACUUUUGCUCGUUAUCAUUCCUACUUUUCUAGCAUGCAUUGGGUACAAAAUAAGCUUUCUUUUUACUUUUUUUUUUUUUUUUUUUUUUUCCAUCAAAGGACAAUGUAUAUAAAAACUCGAGCAAACAGAAUGGACAAGGGUUGUGCUUCAUUAGAGAAGCUUUCUCAAAAGACAUUAUGCUAAUCUUGCUUGGCUAUUGCAUUCAAACCACUCAAGCAGAAGUCAUAUCAGAUCGCCCUCCAGUCAUCCUUUCAGCCUGCUCCCCACGCUCACCUGAAAAUUGCAUACACGUAAAGCCGUUACCCAGUGGUUGGAGAUUUUGGUGGUUGCGGUGGACAGUAGGUAGGCAGCGGCGCGGUCACAAAGCCGAGGACAUGGCUUCAAAAGAGGAAGCGAGUAGAAGCGAAGGCGAAGAGUACGUUUACAGGAUUAGUACAGCUGAGGAGUGGGAAAGCUUGCAGAAAGAUGGAGCUAUUUUUGGUGGAGAUCUUGACAAAUCGUCCGGCUUUAUCCACCUCAGCAAGCUCAACCAGGUUAAGUCAACAUUGCACAACUUCUUCUUGAAUACUAAUUUGGAGUUGUAUUUGCUUCAAAUUGAUGCUAAGAAGCUUGGGGAUGGAUUAAUAUAUGAAGUUGUAGAUGGUAGCAAUAGCUUCCCCCAUUUUUAUGGUCCCUCUCGAAGUUUCGUUCCUCUCCCUUUAGAUGCAGUUGUCAAAGCAGAGAAGAUUACUGUAUCAGAUGGGCAGUUCAUUUGUAGUCUGUUGAAUUAAACUGUUGUACUGCGAUUCGACAUAUUUCUCGGUCUUUUUUAUUGUGAAUCUGUUGGACAUGAGAUACAGGCAUUUCUUGUAUCGAUCAUGCAAUUGUAGCCUUUAUUAACCUCUACUUCCUGACUGAAACAAGAUUUGUUGGAGAAAGCUCCCUAUCUUCAAGGAACAUUUGGUCAGGAAAGAAGUAAUAGAUCAAUAAAGCAAUAAUGUUCUUAUGAUUAUGGACACAUGAUACCAUAAUUAAAUUUUAUCAUUUAUUUA